AUGUCCAUAAUGAAUGAUGUACCAAAAUCGAUGAAUACAGUCGAUGAAGGAAAAGCAAAACCGGUUGUAAUAAAAUUUUCGUCGAAAUUAAAGCCUGCGCAGACCAACGUUGUGUUGCCAACGUUUGAUGAAUUUGCGAUAAAUAAACCUCGUAAAAUUCCAAAUUCACCAAUUCAACAGGCUCUUCAUGUCAUAAAUUCAUAUUUCUUUCCGCCAGACAAACUUCCUGAGGGUAGUCUGUCCAAAUGGCUUGACAAGAUUAGUCGUUCUACCAUUGACGUUAAACGCAUUGCCAUUAUUGGCAUCCACGGAUGGUACCCUGGGGGACUUUUGAGAUCCCUGUUUGUGCAUUCACAAAGAGAUGUAUCGAAAAAAUUUUGUGAUAUGAUGACUAAAGCCGUGUUGAGAUAUCUCUCUCAGCAUAACAUCAACCUUCCAAGUGAUGCGAUCACUUGCAUACCGCUUGCGAGUGAAGGGACAAUAGAAAGUCGGGUGAAGUUAUUGCAUGAGGAUUUGAUGCACAAUAAAACAUGGUGUGAAGCAUUAUCUUUAGCAGACGUUGUAUUUGUUGUAACUCAUUCUCAAGGGACACCUGUUAGCACAAUCUUCCUCUCUCGACUCAUCAAUGAGCAUCUUGUGGAUCCAAGGAGACAACGUAUAUGUAUGCUAGCCAUGGCUGGGAUAUCACAUGGACCCUUCCCUUACAUGUUAAAGAAUUUUAUUGUAUCAUAUUACAUUAGAGCGUCAGAUACAUCAAAGGAUCUAUUUGAAUUCAUGAAUCCCGAAAGUAUGGUUGCCAAAAAGUAUUAUGAUGCGAUCAAAGUUGUUAUCAAAAGUGGCGUUAAAAUAGUGUAUGUCGCAUCUCUAGAUGACCAAGUAGUGCCGCUAUACUCCGGGUUAUUCACAGGUCUCAGUCACCCAUCAAUUAUGCGUGCAAUUUAUAUUGAUGGUCCAUUAUAUCAAGAAAACGACUUCUUAACAAAUUUAAUCGUUUUUUGUAUACGAUUACGAAACGCUGGUAUACUUGAUCACGGUUUGAUAGUUCAGUUAAGUGAUGUGAUCGCUGGUUCAAUAAUUGGUGAAGGACAUUCAUUAUUGUGCAUUGAGAUCGAUGUCUACGCACUGGCAGUGCGUUAUCUUUUUGAGACAGCGCCUUUGGAAAGACACGAAAUAAAAAUUGAUAAAUUUCAAGCACAACACAAAAAAAAUCCAUUUUAUCUACCAUGGGCGUUGCGUAGAAUCGUGGAAGACAGAAUUGUCACCGGAAACCGGAGUUUCAUGCACGAGAUUAAUAUAUUGAGAAAACAAUACAAGGAAUGGGAGCCUACGACAAAGGUUAUGAAAGAACUCAAGUUUCGCCUGGAACCCUUCAAAGACGCUAUUCUUGAGAGAGCGAGACUAUAA